GCCACAGCUGUCUGCGAGCAUUGAGCUGACUGGCGCCAUCCUGAAAGAAUGCCUUCACUGUAAAAAAACACAGAGAGAGCAGUGCAUUCAGAGACAGAGGGAGUGAGCACUAGAGAGAGCGAGCGAGAGAGAGAGAGAGAGAUAGAGGGAGGGAUGGAAAUAGAGUAAGAGGGAAGAGGGUUACUACUACUGCGCAUAAACACAGAUUUGAUCAAACUUGUGUUCGGUCAGAAGGCAGAAAACUUAUCCAGAUCGACCCGGCUCAGCCUGAACCGUCAAACUCACUUGUUGAGUCUACGCAACGCAACAGUACAAUACAGAGAGAAAAACUUGCGGAACUUGACGCGCGUUUGGAUGCGUACGCGGACUUAUGACCAGCAUUAGUAUAAAUGCAUUUGACUUUCACAAGUUAAUGCGCGUUUAUUGAACGGACGGAUCCAGUUAAUACGUGCUUCUGACAAUUUGCCAAUGACUGAAAUAACACAAACGAACGGACGGACUUUGUAAAAACAAAUUGUCUUGUUCAAUUUCAGGUGAUCGGAAGUAAAAAAAAAAAUCGAACCUGUGGAUUAAACAAAGGAGGAGUUUGGACUUUUUUGAACUUUCGUGUCGUGUGUUUCGGUGAGUGUAUGAACGCUUGUUAAAAAAAAAAACAACCAAACAAAAAAACGAUGGAAGUAAGUCCGGAGCAGCCCCGUUGGAUGACCCACCAUCACCCGGUCAUUAACGGCCAGCAUCCCGAGACACACCACCCAGGACUGGGACACUCCUACAUGGACCCGUCGCAGUAUCCCCUCGCGGAAGAUGUGGAUGUAUUGUUUAAUAUCGACGGACAGAGCAACCACCCGUACUACGGGAACUCGGUUCGGGCUGUGCAGAGGUACCCGCCACCUCACGCAGGUACUCAGGUGUGUCGCCCAUCAUUGCUGCACGGCUCUCUUCCUUGGCUCGAUGGAAGUAAACCUAUCGGCCCUCACCACAGUACCUCCCCCUGGAACCUCGGGCCUUUCCCCAAGAGUUCCCUGCAUCACAGUUCCCCUGGGCCUCUGUCCGUCUACCCCCCAGCCUCCUCCUCCUCGCUGUCCGCUGGCCACUCCAGCCCACACCUCUUCACCUUUCCCCCCACUCCACCCAAAGAUGUGUCCCCUGACCCCGCAAUUUCCACGUCAGGCUCGGGCUCAUCCAUACGGCAGGAGGACAAAGAGUGCAUUAAGUACCAGGUGUCUCUGGCCGAAAGCAUGAAGCUGGAUUCGGCUCAUAGUCGGAGCAUGGCCUCUAUCGGACCGGGCGCGUCCUCCGCGCACCACCCCAUCGCCACUUACCCAUCCUAUGUGUCCGAUUACGGGCCGGGGCUCUUCCCACCAAGUAGCCUGAUAGGUGGGUCCUCUUCUAGUUAUGGUUCCAAAACGAGACCAAAAACAAGGUCCUGUUCAGAGGGUAGAGAAUGUGUUAACUGCGGGGCCACCUCGACUCCUUUGUGGCGGAGGGAUGGCACCGGUCACUAUUUGUGUAACGCCUGCGGACUGUACCACAAGAUGAACGGACAGAACCGACCCCUCAUCAAGCCCAAGCGGAGGCUGUCUGCUGCCAGACGAGCGGGGACCUCAUGCGCAAACUGUCAAACGACCACGACGACACUGUGGCGGAGAAAUGCGAACGGCGAUCCUGUCUGCAAUGCCUGCGGCCUCUAUUACAAAUUACACAAUAUCAACCGACCACUCACCAUGAAGAAAGAGGGCAUCCAGACCCGGAACAGGAAGAUGUCCAGCAAGUCCAAGAAGAGCAAAAAGUCCCAUGACAGCAUGGAUGAUUUCUCCAAAAGCUUGAUGGAAAAGAACAGUUCUUUCAGCCCGGCCGCUCUGUCGCGUCACAUGACCUCGUUCCCUCCCUUCUCGCACUCCGGCCACAUGUUGACCACGCCCACCCCCAUGCACCCCUCCUCCAGCUUGUCCUUUGCCCCUCACCACCCUUCCAGUAUGGUGACGGCGAUGGGCUAGAGCGCCCUUCUACCUCCAACCGCCCAAUCUCCCAACGGUGGACGUCUCAAAGCACCGUUAACCUUGAAGCCUGUCACCCGCCGCAACCCUCCGACCUUGAACCAGCUCUCUCACAUGCUCCGUCUGAGCUACAAGCUCCCCCCAAGACCCCUUCUCCGGUAUGCCCCGCUUAAACCCCUCAAACCCUAUAUUAUGAGGGAGAGACAGUGAGAAUGAAAGAGAAAAGACAAUGACUUUCUUCAUCGCCCCUCCAACCAUGAAGCCCCGCGCUGAUGUCAACCUUCAUUUGUGUACAAAUGCCAUCUUUCCUGUGGGCAUCAAGGCACAAACAUUACGAGACUUUAAACAAACCUCCUCUAAUUCCCCAACCCGCUCCUUUUCUUCUUCUACGCAUCUCCUCUUCUUCGCCCCUGUGAGACAUGAGGAAUCGAGCUGUGAAUGACAACAGGAGAUGAACUCUGCAUAUAUUUGUAAAAAAAAAUUGUCUGAAAUACAUUUAAUGAAGACUUUUUAAAGCGCAAAAUGAAAAAAGGCGAGGACAGGAAAUGCCCGUGGGCAGCUAAUGAUAAGAAGGGUACGACUCAAACCUGGAAGAUGGAAUGGCGUGGCGAAGCGGCCACGAUUUCUAUCCGAGAAAAGUAAGAGACGAGAUGUAGGGAGAAGAAAAGUAGAAAGGAAAUGGUGUGUAAUGCAUUAAAACUUGUAGUCAGGUCUGUCUCGCAGACUUCCAGCUACUCUUCUGGAUGUGUUAUAGGUCUUGGGCAAUUGGUUUGUGUUCACACAUACACACACACACAUGCGCACACACACACACACACACACACACGCACACACACACACUCACGUAUACACCUGAAAGACUUCUUUGGGCCCAGGUUAUAUGCAUUGUGAAAAAAGUUCCUGUAUUUGUUAUUUGUAUGUAUAAUUCAGAGUACCAAAAAUACGAAAGAAACAAAGAUGUAGAAUUAUUUCUUUAUGUAAUGCAGACUGAAUGGUUGUACAAAUUUAAUAAUCACUAGUGUAAAAAAAAAACUUGCUUUUUGUUGCGUAAUUUUUUUUCCUCUUUAAAAAUAAUAAACUAGUUUAAUCUCUGUUGACAUCA